AUGGCCAGCACCUUUGAACGCUUCGACUGGUUCUCCCUUGCGGCCACUGCAGUGGCCUCAGUUGGGGUUGGAGGUGUGGCUCUCCUGCUAGGUUUGCUUCUCCUCCGCUCCAAAAGGCGGCAGCUGAGCCUCUGGGACAAGCUCGCGGUGUUUUGGCUCCUCUACAAUGCCAUCGUCCACUGGUCCAUCGAGGGCUCCUUCGUAUUUCUCUCGCUCACGGGGUCCGUCAACACGGCUGAAGGUCUCAUGGCCGACCUCUGGAAGGAAUACGCGAAGGCCGACGCGCGCUGGGGAGUAUCCGACCCGACAAUCGUUUCCCUUGAAAUCCUUACUGUUUUCUUCAAUGGAACCCUCACCCUCGUUCUCGUGCAUGCAGUGUUGGCUGGGAGGUCCUACAGACACUUUGUGCAAGUGUUAGUGAAUACGUGUGAGCUGUACGGAGGUUGGAUGACGUUCGCCCCGGAGUGGCUAACGGGGAGUAAAAACUUGGACACCUCCUCCCCACUCUACUUAUGGGUCUACCUUGUGUUUUUCAACGGUCUAUGGGUUGUGGCUCCUGUAUUACUGCUAGCUCAGUCAUGCUUAGCUAUAUCAUCUCAUGCUAAAAGAAACUAUCGAGGAAAGAAAGAGUAA